CAACAAAUAAAAAAUAAAAAAUAAAAAAAAUUGGAUUCAUAGUACCAUGUCAGAAACAAAGAUAUAACCGAAGAAAGUACAACUGAGAAACGGAAAAAAACACACAUUAAACUCAACUCAGAGAAGCUGAAGAAGAUCUGGGUAGCUAAGAGAUGAAUGAUUCAGAAGAGAAUCAUUCAGAGUUCGUAGAAGUUGAUCCCAGUGGUAGAUAUGGGAGAUAUGAUGAGCUUUUGGGCAAAGGAGCUUCUAAGAGUGUAUAUAGAGCGUUUGAUCAAUACGAAGGGAUUGAAGUUGCUUGGAACCAAGUAAAGCUUUUUAAUUUUCUGAAUAGUUCGAAUGAGCUUGAGAGAUUGUAUAGUGAAAUUAAUCUGCUCAAAAGCUUGAAGCACCAGAACAUCAUGAAAUUGUUCGCUUCUUGGGUUGAUACAAGAAAGAGGAAUAUUAAUUUUGUGACUGAGAUGUUCACCUCUGGAACUCUAAGACAAUAUCGGCAUAAACACAAGAAGGUAAACAUGAGAGCAGUGAAGAAUUGGUGCAGACAGAUAUUGAGAGGACUUCUCUAUCUUCACAGUCAAAAUCCUCCUGUUAUUCAUCGAGAUCUCAAGUGUGACAAUAUCUUUGUGAAUGGAAAUCAAGGCCAAAUAAAAAUUGGUGACUUAGGCUUAGCGGCGGUCCUUCAAAAAUCAGAAGAGGCUCAUUGUGUUGGGACCCCAGAAUUCAUGGCUCCAGAAGUGUAUCAAGAGGAAUAUAAUGAAUUAGCUGACAUUUAUUCAUUUGGGAUGUGCAUACUGGAAAUGGUUACCUUUGAGUAUCCCUAUAGUGAAUGCACUCAUUCUGCCCAAAUUUAUAAGAAAGUUAUUUCUGGGAAAAAACCUGAUGCUUUGAACAAAGUUAAAGAUCCAGAAGUACGUCAAUUUAUUGAGAAAUGUUUGGCUGACGUAUCCUCAAGGCUCUCGGCAAGGGAACUUCUAAGGGACCCAUUUCUCCAGACGGAAGCUUGUGAAACAAAUUUUGUGGCAAUAGAAUGCCACACAGAGUUGAAUUAUGCUGAUCUAUUUAUUAGCAAUCCUCAACCAGGCCAUAAAGGCAGCUCAUUUAGUAAUUGCUCCUUUAACGAGUACUCUAUUCCUUCAUCUGUUCAAAAUGGAUCGAGUUAUGAGCUACAUGACAGUGAGCAAAAUGAUAUUCACCUAUUUGAGCAUAAUGAUGAUGAACUGGAGGAACACCUUUCACAACUUGAUAUCUCUAUCAAAGGGAAGAAGAAAAGUGACGGUAAUAUCUUCUUGAGACUUAGAAUUUUAGACAAAGAAGCCAGGAUAAGGAACAUCUAUUUUCCAUUCGACGUUGAGAGUGAUACUGCACUUAGUGUUGCAACUGAAAUGGUUGGAGAACUGGAUUUAAAAGACCAAGAUGUAACUAAAAUAGCUGAAAUGAUAGAUGGGGAAAUGGUUACUUUGGUACCGCAAUGGAAGACAGGACCGGGUUUUGAAGAAACUCAUCAUUUUGACAGUUCUAACAUUUGUCAUAAUUGUGCUUCCACCCAUACCUCAAUUGGCUCCUACAUACAGAUGAAGUGCGAGAAAGGUUGUGGUGCUAAGCAUGGCCGUUUUGAAGAGUAUACAUUUAAUGCUGAUAAUCAUUUUGCAAAUCCUGUGUUGUCUAUUCAAUCUAAUGAUUUUUCUCGUGAAUAUUAUUGGGAACAACAUGGAAGUGUGGAAUGCAGCGAAGUCGGCUCUGGAGAUGGCCAUUUUGUUGGAGAAGAUGGAAAUUUGGUCGCCAGACAAUCCAACUUGCAGGACGAGUCAAAACGUUUCUCCAAAUUACUAUCAGGUGCCGCUCUUUCUUCAUCUUCUUGCGACGAGGUAUCUGAUGAUUAUGAAUGUGAAAUAACAAAGAAAGGAGAUGCCUCAGAACAACAUAAUCAAUAGAAGAAAGAAGACUCCAUGAUACUUGUAAGCAAGACAGGAGUUCAUAGAAAUUUUAGUAUGUUAAAUGUAAUACUAAUGUUUAGUUUAAGAUUUGUACAAGUCUGUCUUAUUUAAAUUUAGAUUAAUACAAAAGAAUGUGUAUGUGCUAUAA